AUGUGUGCUGUGAAGCAGCUGAAAGCAUGGGCCAUGCAGCUGUUCUUCGCGUGGGCACGGCUAUGUGAAGGUUGUUACGGCCGCCACAUGGCCGUCGCUGCCGAGCGCACCGCGGCGCAGCUCGCUGGGCCGUCAGCAGUGGUCCUGGUGGGGUCGUCCAAAAUUACGCUGUGGAAGACCAUGAAGGAGGAUUUGGCGCCCUUCGAGCCCUUGAACUGUGGAUUCGGUGGCGCGCGCUCCAAAGAUUUGUUGGAAUUUAUGCCCAAGUUGGUGCUGAAGCAUUCCCCACGUUUGGUGGUCUACUACUGCGGCAUCAACGAUCUCCACUUCGGCGCGGAGGUGGAGGUGCCCGUGGCGAAUCUGCGACGCUUCGCUGAGAAUCUCCGGGAGGCAAUGCCAACGGCGAAGCUGCUGGUGCUGGCGAUGAACCAGGCCCCCUUACACUUCGCACUGGGCUUGGAAGAGAAAAUUCGACGCUGUAAUCAGCUGAUGCACAACUUGUCCGUAGAGCUGGGCUUUGAAUUUCUGGACCUCUUUGUACAGGAGCCCCGCUUCGCUUGGGACACCGACCUCUACGCCUGGGACAUGUUGCAUUUGAACCGUGAGGGCUAUGCCAUCCUGGGCAAUUUGCUGCGGCCACAUCUGGCAGAAAGAAUGCUGCGGUAUCUCUUGGUCUAUCCUGGAAAUAGCAUUGGCUUUGCGGCUUCGGCGUUAUCGGUGCACUUCGAGGAUUCGCGUGUGACGUGUCGCAACGACGCCUUCGAGCCCUGUCCUAAGAGUCAGGUGCUGAAAGACGAGGAGUUGUUGCCAUACGCUUGUCAAGGGGAACGCUGCUCUGCGCAGGAGUGUUGUACCGACGCUGGCACCUGCUCCGAAUUCCUCAACGGAACGGGUCUGAACGCUUCCGUUUCCACGGGAUGUGCCGAUGGCUUUGUGGCGAUGCAGAGCCCUCCAGAGUUCUGUGCUGGUCCGCAGUGCCAAAACUACGAUUGCUGCUUACGCACUGCAGAAGCCAUGGCCACGGUGCAGAGCACGGCCACCACGUGGGAUUCCAUCCAGGCCAUCCAAAGCUAG